CGUCUCAAUUUAACUUCGGUUGGCAGACAUUACGCAAGUAAAAAAUAAAAAUGGCCGACGUCGACAUUACUCGAAUGAAAUAUGAAAUGUAUGAAACUCUAUUACGUGUAGUCGAGUGUAAAUCUUUUGUAUCUGUCGACGCGCGAUUCUGGGAUAAAAAAUAGUUUGAGAUUUAAAGAUUCCUUUCUGAUCAUCCGCCCGUAAAAAAAUCUCGAAGCCGGUUGCGAGAACAACAGGCUAAACGUCUGAUAAAAAUGGCGUAUCGUGGUGUGAAGGGGUCCGAUCCGUUUGUGUCAAAAACUUCGCGAAAUGAGCGUUUCGCGCAGAUGUCAAAGCAAGAACAGAUCAUUCAACAGAAGAAGAUGGAAAUUCAAGCAAAACUGCAGGAACAGAAAGCGAAGGAAGCCGUGGAAUGUAUAAAGAAGUCAAGCUCGUCAACCUCGACGACACCAACUAGUAAGAACACUGCUCCAAAGGAGGACGAUGAAAAACCUACCAUGAAUGUGUUUGCCAAUGAUGGCAGUUUUCUUGAUCAGUUUAAAAAGAUAGCCAAUAAAUCAACUGGCAAACAAGAACAGGACAAGGAAGAUAAAAGAAAAGAUGAGAGAAGCUAUGAAAGUACGAGAGAAAGAGACAGAGAAAGAAAGCGUAGUAAUGAAAAGAGUAGAGAUUGGGACAGCAGGCGGGAUCGCAGAAGAAACGAUACGCGAUGGGGAAGAAGUUCAGAUAGGAAGCGUAGUUCGUCGUCAAGUCCGUCGCCUACUAGACGAAGAUCACCACCUAGUCCAGAGACACGACAUAGUUAUAACCAAUCGCAAAACGGGCAGCGUGCGCAGUUCAGUCAGCAACAGUUUCCAAUUCAGAACAACAAUCAUGUCUCUUCCAUCCCAUCCCUUAUGUCUCAACCGGUGCAGAUGCAGAUGACGAAUAUACCACCUCCCAAUAUAAGGAAUUUAACACCAAACAUUCCGUCUGCACACAUGCAGAGGAUACCAGUGUCAAAAAGUUUUAGCAAUAAUUACACUAACAUGAAUGAACAUUCUAAUAAUGUCAGAAUGCAAAUCGCACCACCACCACAUAUCAUACGUCCUCCACCACCUCCUCCUAUUCAGAGCAUUCCGCCGAAUACAAAUAUCCCACCCCCAAAUAUACAAAUGUCUCAAGCUAUGCCAAUGCCUAAUCUACCCUCACCGUCGAACGCACAACAACACAUUAUCACACAAAAUCCACAGCAAUGCAGCGUACCACCGCCAGCGUGUAACACCAGUUUACAGCCUCCGAAUAUCCCUCCGCCUAACAUACCACCACCGAAUAUUUUGCCACCAAUGUCGCAAAUGCCACCGACCAUGAUGCCUAUCUCAGGCUCUCAAGCCAUUGUGGUAACAGUACCAAACGUAGCCAAUGUUCCACCUCCAAAUGUGAUAACAUCUAUGAUAAUGUCAGCACCUCCACCAGUGCACACCGUUCCAUCGACCAUCAAUUCGAUUCCACCACCAAACUUAAAUAUCCCUCCACCAAAUAUCCCACCUCCCAAUGUUAUUCCCAAUGCAGCACCGGCGCGUAGUCUUAUAUCCAGUGGCUAUCCUCUUUCCAAUCAGGUACCUAUUUCGGUGGGUCCUCCCAAUGUACAAAUUCCACCACCUGUGAGACCACCGGCUAAUCUACAAAGUUCUGAACAACAAGUGUGUUUAGUAGAGGCUGAGCAGCUGGCACGAAUCGUGGCUGACUGUGGGGAUGAGAUUGAACAAGAAGUGCGAGAGAAGAAUGCCCAAGAUCCUAAAUUAUGGUUUCUGCACCAAAAGCAAAGUGCAGCGUAUCUGCAGUACAGGGGAUUGGUUUCAAAAUUACGUGCAGAGAAGCCAGAUAAGGAUAAGAAAAACAGUGGUGCAGAACUUUAUUGUCCUGAAGAAGCUCUUAGUGACAAUGAUGAGGCAGAUAAAUCUCAGAAAUCUCAUUCAACGUCACAUGCAGAUCAGUCAAAGGACGAUAAUAAGGAAGAACGGAAAAGAAGAAAACGUAGUCGCUGGGGUGAUCCAGACAAUAAGGUUGUUGUUACGGAAACAAAUGUACCUUCUGCUAAUAGAUCAGGUGCUAUACUUCCGCAACCUGGUAUAGCUAUACCGGGACAAAUUGGGCAACCCGCAGUUAUAAUUCCUUCUCCAACGAAGAGACAACAUGUUAAAUCAAAGAAUCCGAUGCUUACCAAGAUUUCAAGGAAUGAUCCUGCACUUAUUCAUUAUGCAAGACAAACGUUUGGUACACUCGAUUUAAGUGAAGAACAAUGGAAAAAAGCAGAGGAUCAUUAUAAGAUAAAUCUUUUAUACCAAAAUCUCUUAAGAAAAAGAGAAGAAGUGAAACGUUUGGAAGCACAAGGAAAACAUAAAUACGAGUACGACAGUGAUGAAGAAACAGAAGGAGGAACUUGGGAGCACAAAUUGAGAUCUGCUGAAAUGGAGGCGACACAGAUGUGGGCCGAAGAAUUAACUGCGCAAGCGGAAGGCAAACACCACAUUGGCGAUUUUUUACCACCGGAUGAACUAAAAAAAUUUAUGGAACAAUAUAAUGCCGUGAAGCAAGGAAAAGAACCUGAUUUGAGCGACUAUAAAGAAUAUAAAUUAAAGGAAGAUAAUAUAGGAUUUCAGAUGUUACAAAAGCUUGGAUGGAGCGAAGGACAAGGGUUGGGUAGCGAGGGUAGCGGUCGUAUUGAACCAAUUAACAAAGCGACAAAUAGACUCGAUAGCGCAGGUUUAGGCUCUGAAAGACCAGACGGGGUAUCUAGGGAUGAUGAUGAAUUUGAUGCAUAUAGAAAACGAAUGAUGCUUGCUUACAGAUUUAGGCCUAAUCCAUUAAAUAAUCCAAGAAGACCUUAUUACUAAAAGCUAAAAUAUAUUAUCACUAAACUAAUAUUCCUUUUAUUACAGAACAAUGUAGUAGAUUGCCUUUAUUUUGUAUAUUUGAAAUUGUAUAUUUCAUUUUAAAAUAUAUCUCUUAUACAAUUUU